GACACACACACACACACACACACACACACACACUGACGUCUUUUGCGCAUUUCCUGCAUUAGAGGGAGGGAGACUCGCUCGCACACCGACGGAGGGAGAAGAGACCGAGGGGGAGAGCGGGCGGGCGGGCGGCGAGCGAGCGGCAGCCGAGAGCUGGGACGCGGGGAGCGCGGCAGGCGGGCGCCGGCGCCCGGGAGGUGGGGCCGCGCGGAGUCGCAGUCCCGUCCCCGCCGCCGCGCUGCGCACCGCCCGCUGCCGGCCUGCGCCCCGAGCCCUAGCGGCGGCCACCCCGACUCCCGACCCCGCGCGGAUGUGAGAUUCCCGACUCCUGGCGCUUCCCGAUCGCCGACUGAGGCGCGGCGCGGCUUCGCCCGGGAGGAGGCGGCCGGGCUGGCCGUGUGGCUUGUGGAUUUUUAAAAAUUUGGCUCCGAGGAGGACCAUUUCCUCUCGACAUGCAUCCCUCCGGAUAGACUGCACAUCCCUUGGUCCAUCCCCCCGCCCCGCGCGGUCAGAGGCAGGCGCUGGGUGUGCGAAGAGGAUCCGGGUUGAAAUCUGCGCCCCCGGUUCUCGUCCCCGCCCCGUCUCACCGCCCCCUCCCCCUCCCGGAGUCGAAAUUUCCCGGGGAUUAUGUUUCGGAAAGGUAGGUAAGCGCCGGGCGCGGAGCCCGCUUCCCCGCAGCCCGGACCCAGUGAGGCGGCGAGGCGACGACACAGCCCCCGCGGCUUGCAGCGGAGCCAGCACCUCAUCUCCUCUUCUGGAGGUGCUGCUGUUGGGGUGGGGGGGGAGAGACUUGCUCCAAACACGGACGUCCCCCAGCUCUCCCCCCCUCCCUGUUUUCCGUUAGGAACCCGGCGAGGAAAUACAUGCACUGGCUGAGAAUCGCCCGCGCCAGGGCGCAACGCUACAAGGUGUAGGGAGAGUGUGCGGUGGGGCGAGAGGGGACCCAGGAGUCCCCGUGCUCGGAGCGCCGCGGCGUCGGUUCUUCGUUCCUGCCCUCGGGGCGGACGGAGUGACCCCGGCCCCCACUCCCCGCCCCGACCAUGGUAGUGUUCAAUGGCCUUCUUAAGAUCAAAAUCUGCGAGGCCGUGAGCUUGAAGCCCACAGCCUGGUCGCUGCGCCAUGCGGUGGGACCCCGGCCGCAGACUUUCCUUCUCGACCCCUACAUCGCCCUCAACGUGGACGAUUCGCGUAUCGGCCAAACGGCCACCAAGCAGAAGACCAACAGCCCGGCCUGGCACGACGAGUUCGUCACCGAUGUGUGUAACGGGCGCAAGAUCGAGCUGGCCGUCUUCCAUGAUGCCCCCAUCGGCUACGACGACUUCGUGGCCAACUGCACCAUCCAGUUUGAGGAGCUGCUGCAGAACGGGAGCCGCCACUUCGAGGACUGGAUUGAUCUGGAGCCAGAAGGAAGAGUGUAUGUGAUCAUUGAUCUCUCGGGGUCAUCGGGUGAAGCCCCCAAAGACAAUGAAGAACGCGUGUUCCGGGAGCGCAUGCGGCCCAGGAAGCGGCAGGGGGCUGUCAGGCGCAGGGUCCACCAGGUCAACGGCCACAAGUUCAUGGCUACCUACCUUCGGCAGCCCACCUACUGUUCCCACUGCAGGGAUUUUAUCUGGGGUGUCAUAGGAAAGCAGGGAUACCAAUGUCAAGUUUGCACUUGCGUGGUCCACAAGAGAUGCCAUGAGCUCAUAAUUACGAAGUGCGCUGGAUUAAAGAAACAGGAAACUCCUGACGAGGUGGGCUCCCAGCGGUUCAGUGUCAACAUGCCCCACAAGUUCGGGAUCCACAACUACAAGGUUCCCACCUUCUGCGACCACUGCGGCUCCUUGCUCUGGGGCCUCUUGCGGCAGGGUUUGCAGUGCAAAGUCUGCAAGAUGAACGUUCACCGGCGCUGCGAGACCAACGUGGCUCCCAACUGUGGCGUGGACGCCAGGGGCAUUGCCAAAGUGCUGGCUGACCUGGGCGUCACUCCAGACAAAAUCACCAACAGUGGCCAGAGGAGGAAAAAGCUCAUUGCUGGGGCUGAGUCCCCGCAGCCUGCUUCCGGAAGCUCACCGUCUGAGGAAGAUCGAUCCAGGUCGGCCCCCACCUCCCCUUGUGACCAAGAAAUAAAAGAACUUGAAAACAACAUCCGGAAGGCCUUGUCAUUUGACAACCGAGGGGAGGAGCACAGGGCAGCAGCAUCCACCGACGGCCAGCUGGCGAGCCCGGGCGAGAAUGGUGAAGUCCGGCAAGGCCAGGCCAAGCGCUUGGGCCUGGAUGAGUUCAACUUCAUCAAGGUGUUGGGCAAAGGCAGCUUCGGCAAGGUCAUGUUGGCGGAGCUCAAAGGCAAAGAUGAAGUAUAUGCUGUGAAGGUCCUGAAGAAGGAUGUCAUCCUUCAGGAUGAUGACGUAGACUGCACAAUGACAGAGAAGAGGAUUUUGGCCCUGGCGCGGAAACACCCGUACCUAACCCAACUCUACUGCUGCUUCCAGACCAAGGACCGCCUCUUUUUCGUCAUGGAGUAUGUAAAUGGUGGAGACCUCAUGUUCCAGAUUCAGCGGUCCCGAAAAUUCGACGAGCCUCGUUCCCGGUUCUAUGCUGCAGAGGUUACGUCAGCCCUCAUGUUCCUCCACCAACAUGGAGUCAUCUACAGGGAUUUGAAACUGGACAACAUCCUUCUGGAUGCAGAAGGUCAUUGCAAGCUGGCCGACUUCGGAAUGUGCAAGGAAGGGAUUCUGAACGGCGUGACGACCACCACGUUCUGCGGGACUCCUGACUACAUCGCUCCCGAGAUCCUGCAGGAGUUGGAGUAUGGCCCCUCGGUGGACUGGUGGGCCCUGGGGGUGCUGAUGUACGAGAUGAUGGCUGGUCAGCCCCCCUUCGAGGCCGACAACGAGGAUGAUCUGUUUGAGUCCAUCCUCCAUGACGACGUGCUCUACCCGGUCUGGCUCAGCAAGGAGGCCGUCAGCAUCCUGAAAGCUUUCAUGACCAAGAACCCUCACAAGCGCCUGGGCUGUGUGGCGGCACAGAACGGCGAGGAUGCCAUCAAGCAGCACCCGUUCUUCAAGGAGAUCGACUGGCUGCUCCUGGAGCAGAAGAAGAUCAAGCCGCCCUUCAAACCUCGAAUUAAAACCAAAAGAGACGUCAAUAAUUUUGACCAAGACUUUACCCGGGAAGAGCCGGUACUCACGCUCGUGGAUGAAGCGAUUGUGAAGCAGAUCAACCAGGAGGAAUUCAAAGGCUUCUCCUACUUUGGUGAAGACCUGAUGCCCUGAGAAGCCGCUCCAGGUGGAGUUCGGUGAUGCUGCAAGCAGGGGCGCCGGGAAGAUUCCUAUUUUCCCGUAGGACGGUCUUGAACUACUUCUCCUCCCCGGAGCCCCAGUCCCUUGUCCACCCUCUAUUUAUUGCAUUCCCUCCCCCCAGGCCAGCUCCUCCCUCCUCCCACCUGGUGACCAGAAGGCACUCUUGGUUCCUGUCUCACCAGUAAUGCAGAAUCGUGUGGCGUCAGCAGUUCACUGGACCCAGUGCCGAGUCUGGUCCGUUGGCAAGCCUGGCUUCACUCCACGGGGGCUUCUGGCAGGGAAGCGACUUCAGGCCUUUUACUGAAAAGAAAAGGAAAAAAAAACAAAACAAAAAAAAAAGCUAACGAGACUCUGGCUCUGCUCAUGGACGCAGAGUCCUGACAACUCUUGCUUCUCAUCCCUCCAGUCCCCCCCGCCUGCCACCAUCUGCCAUUCUAUCCAGUAGAAGAGACUGGUGCUUCUUCAGCCCAAAGAUGGGCGCCCUCAAGGCACGCCCAGGAAGGAGAGAGGCUGGGAGAUGCCCGGGUUGGCUCCCUGUGUUGGUUUGCUCUGGAAUGGCUAAUUCUCGCUUGCUUUGGUUUUAGCUUUGGGGCAUGCCAAAGUUGUGUAAGCAUGUGUCUCGUGGAAGAAAUCGCUCUCCGUAGAAAAAGAAAUUUGAUUUUGAACUCGAUUAACAUUUGAAAAAUAGAUGAUCAAAUUUGCUUUCUAAUUGGCCAAAAGAUAUAAAUUCCAGUGUUAAUACAGGUAUAUAUUAAAGGGCUAAUAAAUCAUCGUCCAAGGUUUAUGCUCUUAAUGCUUUCGUGGCACGUGAGGCUCUGUGAAUUGAGAGAAAAGGAAACUAGUAGUGCUCUUCGUUAUUCAAGUUCUGCCUGAACUGCAAGGCCACCGCAGAGAUGGCCGAGGCCCUGGGGUUCUAGCAAAACUCACCUCCCAAAUUCUCUUUCCAGUUUCGUCCUAAGUCCCCAGCAUCAACUCUAUUUAUUUUCUGCAGCAGUGUGCAAUUUUUGCGCACUUCUCCCAAAUGGUAGUACUACUGUGUUGUGGUUUUUAAACAUGAAAUGUGUAAAGUUAAAUAUGAAAUAUCUGCUUUUGGAACAUGCAGAAUGAGGCUAAACAUGGGUUAUGCAGAGGGUAUCGGGAGAUUGAAGAGCGACUUAUUUGAAAACUGACAGGGUGGCAAGAUGCGCUCGGAGUUUUGUUUCUGUGUGACAUGGAAUGGCGACUCAUGUGGACACUAUUUAAUGGAUGUGACAUUACCUCCUGUAGAUAUGCUAACAGUGUUACAUUCUUUGAUUUCCAAGGGUUCUCUGUGGCUUUGUGUACAUGUUUCCUGGAGGUCGUUUGAUUAUCUAUUUUACUGAACCGAUUUAGCAGGGAAUGGAAUCCAUUCCAACUGUUGCACGUGGAUUUCCCAGCUGCCCCUAAAUAUAUAUACUUGUGAGUGGCAAAGUGGCACUAAUGAAGCUUUUUGCCUUUUGUACAUUUGAGACUUUUGUAUAUAGUGUUUGCUGCAAGGCCUGUGGAAUUAAUUCAUUGAAUUUAGAGGUAUCAACUGCUGCAUGUUCAGGCAUAUUAUAAAACUUUAGUCUAUGAAAGAAUAAUUAUAAUAAUGUCCAGGUGCAAUACUCUCUGAGUGUAUUGGUUCAAGUUACCGAGAGAUAAGGUGUGUUUCCUUCUUUCUUUUUUUUUCUCGGGGGGGUGAGGGGUGUUCUUUGUAUUGUUUAUUUCAUUUUGGUUUAUUUUAAAAGAUGUAAACUCACAUAUAGUUCUCCUGCGCUCUGUUAUGCCCUGAUAGAGAUGGGAAAGAGAAAGGAAUGUUCUGGAUGGUGGUUUCGAAGUUUGGUCAGUGACUAGCUGCGGCCCAUUAGCUGGUGUCCAUAUGUGUAUCUGGCUAGUCACGUAGCCUUGGUUACUAGUGAUGCCAUUCAGUUCUCUUUUGUUUUGAUUUUUUUAAAAACUCAGGUGUAAUUAUUAACUGUUCUUAUGAUAAUUUCAAAUAUUAUGCUGUAUCAAUUUGUGUGUUUGGCAUACCAGUGAAGAGAUGAAGAACAGUAGGUUAAUUGAUCUUCGGUAACUUGACGUACUGGGGAGAGACUGUCUUCUGGAGUUGAGGACAAGCACAGAAACAUCUUCAUGGUGGCAUCAUCUCAUUCUUUAGGAAGACAUGACAAUACUGCCCAUCUUACUCAUGCAUCACCACUGCUCUCUGUUUUCUCCUCUGCUUCCUUCACCCUGAUGGACUUUGAAACACCAAGCAAACUCUAACUAUAAUGCCAACUGGCCUUGUCCAAGGUAUUCCCAUGUCAGCAGGGGUUGGGCCUUCCUAAAGGACAACUGGCAUUUUUGUUGGGAAGUCAAAUAAUAAUACAUUCCACCAGGCAGCUCCAGGCAGCCACUCAGCGGGUUGCCUGGCCCAGAGAUGCCCCCUUCCAGCCCCCAAAGCUGGGCUGGCUGGGAUGCCUCCUGUUUGGGGCUGGAGCUCAUCAAGUUCUCACACAGGCAGAUUCAAAUCCCACGUAGUCUAUAGAAUAAGGCUUGUGUGUUCCGUGAGUAGUCAUUGUUUCAUUUUAGCUUUCACAAGAGUUUGGAAGCAGACACACUGUUUCAUUUCUGCCAGUUCUUUCUAAUCUUUCCAGGUCGCUCACUCACUUUUUUUUUUUUUUUUUUUUUUAAGAAAAAACGGGGGACGGGAGUGCAAAAAAACGCCAAAAAAAUAUAUGAAGGAUAGCUGUUCUCCUGUGUUCUCUCAUAAUGGACUUUGUGAAGUGGAAACAUUUUUUUUUUUCCUCCAAAGGUGAAAACACAAUGCAUUCUUGCUUUAAAAAAAAAAAAAAAAAACAAGGCUAAAAAAUUACCUCUUUUUAAAUUAUGUGCAAAAUAAUUCUGGCUAAAUAUAAAAUGUAUUCAAUUUUAGGGAUUUUUUUUGUAUUGUGAUGCUUUAUUUGUACAUUUUUUCCCUUUCUGGAUGUAAUUUUAAUCUCUUGCCAUUCAUUAGUGUUAUUUCAUUGUAAACAUUAUUGUGCCAAAUGUACUGUAUUCAAAAGGAUGUGAAUGUGUAUUGUUUCGGAACCUAAUAAAUACAAUGACGUUAAAUCUUC